GUUAAAGAGGGGAGGGGAGGGGGAUGACUCUGCUGCGGGUGUGGUUUCUUUAAAGGGGAGGAGACGUCCUCCCAUUCCGGGGGAUCAGAACCGAAGAUGAUCGCGCUGAUGUUGGGGAGAAAGGGGAGUCUGCCGGAUCUUCCAACCCCGGAGCCGUUUUGUUCCCAUUGGUUUGACAUCACGUAACAGGAUGGAGUGAAGACAGUUGGAAAGGGAGGGCAAUAUGCGGGUCCUCGCACUCUUUAUAAACGGGAACCCCCACCUCCCCCCUCCCCUUCUCUCUGAGUUAUCAAAACCUCAGCGCUUCAGAGCAGUACAUUGACCGGCAGCUCCUUUAAGCCCUGGGGCAGGACAGUCCCUGCAAGAGCCAAGGCCACGAAACUGCAAGCAGCAAGGUGACCAGGAGUGGAAAGGGGGGAAAAAAAGUUCAACUCCGUUUCAACACGAGGGUUGGCAUCGAGAAGAAAGUUUGGGGGGAGAACAAGCAGCAGCAGGAAGAAGAAGAAAAAGAAGAAGAAUGGGGAUGAGGAGGUGAAAGGAAACCAUCUCUGGAGAACUUGGAAGCGCAAAGGUCGGCUCGGUGUGUUGAGUUUGGGAUCUGAGUACAAGGAGCCCAGCGAGAGACACUUUCCAAGGUCAGGGUGUAAAGAGACAGAGAGAGGGGGAAGGAAAUCCUCGCUUCCAUGGAUGUUGCCCUGGGGUUGAGUGAGGGCGGCUGGAGGCUACAGGUGCAGCCCGCCCUGUGGCUCUCCCUGCUGCUGCUGCUGCUCUGCCUGGAGGCGUGCCGCUGGCUGCGGGACUGGAGGAGGAGCGGGGCUGGGCGCAGGAGCCUGCCGGGGCCCUUCCCGUGGCCGCUGGUGGGCAAUGCCCUGCAGCUGGGCGACUCGCCGCACCUGACCUUCGCCCGCAUGGCGCGGCGCUACGGCGACCUCUUCCAGAUCCGCCUGGGGCGCCGCCGCGUGGUGGUGCUGAACGGCGAGGCGACCAUCCGCCGGGCGCUGGUGCAGCGCAGCGCGCAGUUCGCCGGGCGGCCGGACUUCGCCUCGUUCCGCCUGGUGUCGGGCGGCAGGAGCCUGGCCUUCGGCCGCUACAGCGAGCAGUGGCGGCUGCACCGGCGCCUGGCGCAGAGCACGCUGCGGGCUUUCUGCGGGGACGGGGGCGCGGGCCUGCUGGAGCAGUGCGUGUCGAGCGAGGCGUGCCGCCUGAUCGAGGCCUUCCUGAGGCUGGGGCCGGCCGGGCGGCCCUUCGAGCCGGCCGCGGAGCUGGCGGCCGCCGCCGCCAACGUCAUGUGCUCGCUGUGCUUCGGCCGGCGCUGCGCGGACGACGACCGCGAGUUCCGGCGGCUGCUGGGCCUGAGCGAGCGCUUCGGCCGCGCGGUGGGCGCCGGCAGCCUGCUCGACGUCAUGCCGUGGCUGCGCGCCUUCCCGAACCCGGUGCGCGCGCUCUCCCGCGACUUCGAGCGCCUCAACCGCGACUUCUACCGCUUCGUCGGCCGGCAGGUCGCCCGCGGCCGCGCCACCUACCGGCCCGGAGUCCGCCGGCACAUGAGCGACGCCCUGAUGGCGGCGGUGGGGCGCUGCAUGCCGGGAAACGGCGGGAACGCCCAGCCGCGCGACGAGGGCGAGGCGCAGGGGCCCGGGCGGUUAGGCCUCGAGCCCGAGUACGUGGAGAGCUCGGUCAGCGACCUGCUGGGGGCCGCCCAGGACACCACCUCGGCCGCCCUGAGCUGGAUCCUCUUCCACCUGGUGCGCCUGCCGGGCCUGCAGAGCCGCCUGGGCCAGGAGCUGGACCGCGUGGUGGGUCGGGAGCGGCUGCCCCGCGCCGACGACCGGAGCCGCCUGCCGUCGCUCGAGGCGUUCAUCUACGAGACGCUGCGCUACAGCAGCUUCGUGCCGCUGACCAUCCCGCACGCGACCACGGCGCCGGUCGAGCUGGACGGCUACCGGCUGCCCGCCGACACCGUGGUCUUCGUCAACCAGUGGUCGGUCAACCACGACCGCCGCAAGUGGGCGGAGCCCGGCGCCUUCGAGCCGUCCCGCUUCCUCCGCCGCGACGGCAGCCUGGACCGCGAGCUGGCCGCCAGCGUGAUGCUGUUCUCGGCGGGCAAGCGGCGCUGCCUGGGCGAGCAGCUCUCCAAGACGCAGCUGUUCCUCUUCACCGCCAUCCUGCUGCACCAGUGCGCCUUCCGGGCCAACCCGGCCGAGCCGCUGGGCGCCGGCUGCACCUCCGGGCUGACCAUCCGCCCGCGGGCCUUCACCCUGUCGGUCACACUGAGGGACAAGCAGCGGGGCAUCGUCUCCCCGGCGUGAAGCUGCUGGGCGGCCUGUUUCCCCCACCCACAACCCCUCACCCUUC